UGUCAACGCUGUGAGCAUGGGAGGAUCAAUGAUAAACGAUCUAUAAAUUCACGUCUAAAACGGUCAACACCAUAAGCUCGUAACCCCAUAACUUUACCCUGUCUCUUUCUAUCUCCGUCCCCUAAGCCAGUAACCCCACAAAAACUCACAGGUACAGAUACGGCUCAGAAAUUCUGUGAGUAAUUGAAAGGGGAUGAGUAUCAGCGAUUUAGUUACACGGGUCGACUCGAUUUGCCAGAAGUACGACAAGUACGACGUUGAUAAGCACAAGGAUGCAAAUGAUUACGGGGACGAUGCUUUUGCUCGUUUAUACACUGUCGUCGAGCUCGAAGCCGCGGCAGCCCUCCAGAAAUCAGAGGGGGCUGCCACAGAGAAGAACAGGGCAACUGCCAUUGCCAUGAAUGCGGAGAUUCGACGAACCAAAGCUCGUUUGAUUGAGGAGCUCCCUAAAUUGCAGAGACUUGCUUUUAAAAAGGUCAAAGGGCUUUCAAAAGAAGAGCUUGAGGCUCGAAAUGAUUUAGUUUCUGCACUGAAAGAGAAGAUUGAAGCUAUUCCUGAUGGAUCUACCACUAGUGGAACUAAAGAACCUGGUGGUUGGACAGCUUCUGCCUCAUAUACUGGAAUCAAAAUUGACACAACUUCAGAUGGGAGAUUUGAUCGUGAGUACUUCCAACAAACUGAAGAAUCGGAUCGGUUUAGGCAGGAGUAUGAAAUGCGAAGAAUGAAACAGGAUCAAGGUUUGGAUGUUAUAGCUGAGGGAUUGGACACAUUGAAAGACAUGGCACGUGACAUCAAUGAGGAAUUUGACAGACAACUGCCAUUAAUGGAUGAAAUAGAUGAUAAGGUUGAUAGAGCAAACGCUGACCUUAAAAAUACUAAUGUGAGACUCAAGGAAACUGUAACCAAGCUGAGGUCCAGCCGCAACUUUUGCAUUGAUAUCAUUCUCUUGUGCAUAAUUUUAGGAAUUGCUGCCUAUUUAUACAAGUAAGCUCCCUAUCUUACUGAAUCAACUUAAAAAUCAGAAUUAGUCUCUGCGCGUUAAAGUGAUAUUGGUGCCCUGGCAACGACUACCACAGCUUGUCCUUCACUUGUUGAAGUAGGGAUGUCUGUGACUCCUGUACAUACAUACAAUGUGCAUCUCUUUUUUGUAUCAUGUUACAGUUACUGUGAUACUUUCCACUUUCGAGAUCUGUGAGUGGAAGAUGGAGGAGCUUAUGAACGUCUUUAUCAAUAAAUAUUUAUUACUUCAAAGAA